UUUUAUGAUAUAGGUUUUGUAUUAAAUAACAAAUGUUGUUAUUAAAUUUAAAAUAAAAAAUCUGCUUUUCUCAAAACUAUCAUAAUAUUCAUAAUUUAUCACUAAAAUAAACUAAUCCACGAACAUAAAAAGGAAUUAAAACAAGAAUGGUUGGUUACCCAUCGUUACUUCUCUCUCAAAGUUGCUUUUCUAACCCUGUAGAGAAAAAAUUGCGAGCUGAGAGUGGUAGGAUUAAGCAUGUGAGUAGAAAAGAAAGGGGAAUCUUCAAAGGUGCUUACGUGGAGGUAAGUAAGUGUGUGGAUUGGUUUGGAUUGGCCUGAUCCAAAUAUCAACAAGGGCGAAUCCGACGCGGAUGGGGUCAGGCAAACUUUUGUGAGCUCCAAGCUUCUGCAGGCCAGUAGAAUAGCGUUGGACUGAACUCGGUGGAGAAGAUGGAGCCGAGCCGAUUCAGCUGUCAAUACUUCCCUUCCCUAUUGCUUGACGACGGCAUUGCUGGAACGCCUUCAACACCAGAGUUAAGUGCUUUCUCCUUUUUCAACUUGAUGAUGAUGAUGGUAUAGCCAUAGGAAUUAGAAAUUCAGAACAGAAAGUAAACAAGACAGGAGAAAGAGAAAACAAAAUGGAUGUGCUUCCUCCUUCAAUUGAUAUACACAUACCUUUCGACAAACCCAAAUGUGAACAUCCUCGUUGUCGUGCGAGUGCCUCUCUGAAUCUGAAUAAGUUGGAGUUGACCCAUCAGCUGGUCCACGAAAUUCCCCUUUCAACAUCAAAUACGUUCGCCUGGAACCAGUUGAUCCAAACCCAUCUCUCCAAAAAGCAACUUCGACAAGUCCUCUCUGUUUAUCAUGGGAUGAUGCUUCGAGGUGUCCGUCCCGACGAGCAUACUCUCCCCCGCGUCUUAACCGCUUCUCGUCUCUGCACUAACUUAUCUUUCGGGAAACAAGUUCAUGCCCAUGCUUUCAAGCUUGGCUUCUCCUCCGACCUCUAUGUCAUCACUGCUUUAAUGGAAAUGUACGGUCGUCUACACGGUGUUGACGCUGCAAAAUGGGUGUUGGAUAAUGCCCCUAAUACCAAUUCUGUUGCUUGGACUAUACUAGCUAAGUUGUCCUUGAUAGACAAUAAACCCCACUUGGCAUUUGAAAUAUUUGACCAAAUGCUUCGAUUGAAGGCUGACAUUGAUCCAAUAGGAUUGGCAACAGCUAUUGGCGCAUGUUCCCUCUUAAAGUCCCUGCAACAGGCAAGAAACGUGCAUCAGAUUGCUAGGGACUGCGGGUUUGAAUUUCAUCUACUUGUCAGCAAUUCACUCUUGAAAAUGUAUGUUGAUUGCGAUGGUCUGGAGGAAGCUCGAUCUUUUUUUGAUGCAAUGCCAUCCAAAGAUGUUAUUUCAUGGACAGAGAUGAUUCGUGGGUAUGUCAAGAAGGGGGGCUAUAAUGAGGGCCUCAAAUUGUUUCGCCGAAUGAUUAGGGCUGGAAUAAAACCUGAUUCUCUUACAAUUUCUAGCAUUCUUCCAGCCUGUGCAAGAGUACCAGCUCAUAAGCAAGGGAAGGAACUACAUGCCUACUUGUUUAGGAAUGGAAUAGAUUUGAAUCCCACGGUCCAGAAUGCUAUCAUGGAUAUGUAUGUCAAAUCAGGAUUCAUUGAAUUAGCUUCAACUGUUUUCAUGUGCAUGAUGGAGAGAGAUAUUGUCUCUUGGACUAUAAUGAUAUUGGGCUAUAGCUUGCAUGGACAGGGAGGGCGGGGACUAGAUUUGUUCUUUGAGAUGGAGAAAGAAUCCAGCCUAGAAAUAGAUGAAUUCACAUAUGCUGCAGUUCUCCAUGCCUGUGUUACUGCAUGCAGGGUUGAUGUAGGAAUGUUUUACUUCAAUUGCAUUCAAGCACCUACAGUCACUCAUUGUGCUCUGAUGGUAGCUCUUCUAGCUCGUGCUGGACUCUUUAACGAGGUACAGGCCUUCAUUGAGGAACACCAGAUUGUAAAUGAUGCAGAGGUACUAAGAGCUUUGCUAGAUGGGUGCAGGAUCCACCAGCAACUAAAAAUUGGUAAACAAAUUGUUGAGCAGCUUUGUGAGUUGGAGCCCCUAAAUGCUGAGAACUAUGUGUUGCUGUCAAACUGGUAUGCUGACAAUGCAAAAUGGGACAUGGUUGAUAAACUAAAGUUAACAAUCAGAGACAUGGGUUUGAAGCCUAAAAGAGCAUAUAGUUGGAUAGAGUUUCGAAGUAAAGUUCAUGUGUUUCGAACAGGGGAUGUUUCCCACCCGAGAUCUGAGAUGAUAUAUUGGGAGUUGCAGCAUUUGAUGAAGAAAAUGGAAGAUGAAGGGCGUAGACCUAGUUCAGUGUUUAGCCUUCAUGAUGUGGAUGAAGAACGUGAAUGUAUUCAUAUUGGACAUAGUGAAAUGUUAGCCAUUUCUUUUGGGCUUAUCAGUACACAAGGGAGAGAAACUAUUCGUGUCACAAAGAAUCUCCGAGUAUGCCGAAGCUGCCAUGAUACUGCAAAGCCUCCGCCCUUGGAUUUCUCCGUCGGUUCGGUUUGGGCCUCCUCUCUUAGUGCUGUCUGCAUCCUCCCAUGGCAAACUCUUUUCUCCCUCAGCCAUUUCAGGUCUAAAGGCGAUCAGAUGCCUAAACAUGGAGCUUUUGGGUAUGGCAUGAAGCAUGCAAAGAUGAAUGAGUAGUCCAAAGAGGAUUCAUCACCUUAAGUGAUUUGAAUGGGACAUAUUUCAUUUACUCCUAGCUUAUAUUGACUAAAAGUCUUUUGCUAAGGUAAUCUUGAUAAGUCAAUACGGAAGCUGCAAUACUAAUAUGAAUAAGUUAGAAAGUAGACACCAAGUCAGACUUUUUAUCUAUUCAAGAUAUAUGAUGAAAUGAUCGAAUUACUAUACACUGAAAGGUUAGUCAAAUCAUAUUGGCUCUCCUAACAUUUGUGUGAUCAUAAUGUAUUAUUAGAUACUACUCAUGAUCUAUAAAUAUAAAUAUAAAUAUA